UGGGGCUUGCUAUAGGUGCGAGCUUGGUGGUUGGUGAUUGCUAGAGCCGUCAUGGUUCGACCGCUAAACUGCAUCGUGGCUGUGUCCCAGAACAUGGGCAUCGGCAAGAACGGGGACCUACCCUGGCCCCCACUCAGGAAUGAAUUCAAGUAUUUUCAAAGAAUGACCACAACCUCUUCAGUAGAAGGUAAACAGAAUCUGGUGAUUAUGGGUAAGAAGACCUGGUUCUCCAUUCCUGAGAAGCAUCGACCUUUAAAGGACAGAAUUAAUAUAGUUCUCAGUAGAGAACUCAAGGAAUCUCCACAAGGAGCUCAUUUUCUUGCUAAAAGUCUGGAUGAUGCCUUAAAACUUAUUGAGGAAACAGAAUUAGCAAAUAAAGUAGACAUGGUUUGGAUAGUGGGAGGCAGUGCUGUUUAUAAGGAAGCCAUGAAUCAACCAGGCCAUGUUAAACUGUUUGUGACAAGGAUCAUGCAGGACUUUGAAUGUGACACAUUUUUUCCAGAAAUUGAUUUGAAGAAAUAUAAACUUCUCUCAGAAUACCCAGGUGUUCUUUCUGAUGUCCAGGAAGAGAAAGGCAUUAAGUACAAGUUUGAAGUGUAUGAAAAGAAUGAUUAAUUUCAAGUUGUUCCUCUUCCCUCUAAAAAAUUAUAUAUUUUUACAUUAGAAAAAAAAAGCUGUGUUAACUUUAGAUCUAUAGAUAUUUCUAACCAUGUUUUUAUUCCCUGUUGAUCUUUUUUUUUUUUUUUUUUUUUCUUUUGUAGAGACAGAGUCUUACUUUAUGGCCCUCAGUAGAGUGCCGUGGCCUCACACAGCUCACAGCAACCUCCAACUCCUGGGCUUAGGCGAUUCUCUUGCCUCAGCCUCCUGAGUAGCUGGGACUACAGGCGCCCGCCAUAACACCCGGCUAUUUUUUUUUUUUUUUGGUUGCAGUUUGGCCGGGGCCGGGUUUGAACCCACCACCCUCGGUAUAUGGAGCCGGCGCCUUACCGACUGAGCCACAGGCGCCGCCCUAUUCCCUGUUGAUCUUAAUUAGACAAUGUCAAAUACAAUUUGUGAAUCAUUUCUCACUGUAACUUUCUCAGUGUCUCUUCCCCACAGCCAUGAGUCCCCACCACCUGCCACAUCAUCCCUCCCCUGAGCUUCUAAUUAGUCAUCCUGUUUCUGUGAUGCCACAGUGAGGUGCUAUUCCACAUCAUCACAUGUGGCAUUCCCCUCAGUCCUGGACAUCGUCAGACUUGUAAAGUGUUGCCACAUAUAUCCUUCAACUCAGCAACUCUUCUAUUGGGUAAAUGCUGAGUAAAAACCUCCUGGGUGUAUAUCCAGAGGUUUGUAGACAAAUGUUGUGGCCUUCUUUGUCAUAUUAAAAAACUGAGGACAGUUUGGAAAGUCCAGUGACAAGACAAUUUUUUUUUGGGGGGGGGGGACAGAAUCUCACUCUGUCACCCUGGGUAGUGUGCUGUGGCUUCGUAGCUCACGGCAAAGUCACACUCUUGGGCUCAAGCAAUCCUCGUCUCAGCCUCCCAAGUAGCUGGGACUAUAGGAGUGUGCCACCAUGACCACAACACCCAGCUAGUUUUUCUACUUUUAGUGGAGAUGGGGCCUCGCUCUUGGUCAGGCUGGUCUUGAACUCCAACUUUAAAAUACAUCCUAAAUCACAAUUUCUCACUGUUUCCAACUCUCUGGUCCAAACUACAUCAUCUCUCACCUGAGCUUCUUUUUUUUUUUUUUUUUUUUUUUUUAUAUUGUUGGGGAUUCAUUGAGGGUACAAUAAGCCAGGUUACACUGAUUGCAAUUGUUAGGUAAAGUCCCUCUUGCAAUCAUGUCUUGCCCCCAUAAAGUGUGACACACACCAAGGUCUCACCUGAGCUUCUAAUUAGUCAUUUUGUUUCUGUAUUUUUUUAAAUUAUAUAAAUUUAUAUGUUUUAUAUAUAUGUAUAUAUUUGUAAUGUUACAUGUAUAUAUAAUAUGUUAUACAUAUAUAUAUAUAACACAUAAAUUUAUAUACAUGUAAACACCACCACCCCCCAUAAAAAGUAGAAAAAUUAGCCAGGCACAGUAGCCUGUGCCUCUAGUCCCAUCUACUUCAGGGCUGAGGCAAGAGGAUUGCUUGAGGUCAGGAGCGUGAAGUUGCAGUGAGCUGUGAUCACGCCGCCACUGCCCUCUAUUCCAGACAAUAGCAAGACCCUAUCUCAAAAAAAAAAAAGAAAAGAAAAAACAAAACCUGAAAACAAUGCAACUAUGCUGCAGAAUUCUACAAAAAAGGAUUUUUUUUUAUUAUUAUUAUUAUAUCAUAGCUGUGUCCAUUAAUGUAAUCAUGGGGUGCAAUGUGCUGGUUUUAUAUACAAUUUGAAAUAUUUUCAUCUAAUUGGUUAACAUAGCCUUCCUGGCAUUCUCUUAGUUAUUGUGUUAAGACAUUUAUAUUCUACAUUUAGUAAGUUUCACAUGUACCCUUGUAAGAUGCACUGUAGGUGUGGUCCCACCAAUCACCCUCCCUCCCCUCAGCCUCCCCCUGACCCCCUCUAUCCCUUUUCCCCGUAUUCUUGGGCUAUAAUUGGGUUAUAGCUUUCAUAUGAAAGCUUGGUUUCAUAGUAGGGAUGAGUAGAUUGGAUACUUCUUCCAUUCUUGAGAUACUUCGCUAAGAAUAUUUUUUAACUGAUCGAUUUAUAUUCAGCCAAACAUUCAAGGGUGAAGUUAAAGGAAUUUUUGGACAAGCAAAGACUCAACAGGUACCUCCAAAUACCCUUUCUUGGAAAGCUACUGGAGGAGACUUUUCAGCAAAAAGGAGGAAUACAUAAAUCAAAAAAAAAGGAUGACAUAGGAUCCAAUAUAGGUGAUAUUCCAGCUAUGUAGCUGGCUUAGACAACAAAUGUAAAUACAAACAUUAGGUUAGCUGGGCACAGUGGCACACACCUGUGGUCCCAGCUACUUAGGAGGCUAAGCCGGAGAACUGCCUGAGUGCAGGGGGUUCCAGGCCAACUUGAGACCCCUUCUUUUAAAAAUAAAAUACAGGGGGCGGUGCCUAUGGCUCAAAGGAGUAGGGCGCCAGCCCCAUAGUCCACUGUGACAAUACCACUGGUGUAAAGCACUUGCUCUGGAAAGAAACUAUCAGGGGACUAUUUUCAUUUUAAGACUUUUGGAACCAUUUGAUUUUACUUAACCAUUCUCAUAUAUUUAACUAAAAAAAAUCCUAUCUUAAUAAAAAAUUACAUUAAUUCCUAAGUGCUGACCUCGUGUUAUCCUUGUGUCUUCAAAUUUCAAAGAAAUUCUUUGAUGGCAAUGUAUCUCCAUAGUCAGCUUAAAAACAUAAAAAGGAAAACAUAAUUAGCCAAGGGUCACAUGAAAGCAGAAAGGCCAUUUGUUAAGAAACAAAUACACCUGGCUUCCUUUCAUGGUGUCUGACUGGGUCAUCUUUCAUGGGGAAUCAAAUCUCACCUUUUCCAGAUUGAUUUACAGAAUAACACUGUAAGGUGAUAAUUUAAAGAAAAAAAUGUAAAUAAUAAAGCAUGUUCUGAGUA